AUGGAGAAGUUUGGUUGCCCAAGCAAGUUCAUCACGAUCGUCCGACAGUUCCAUGACGGCAUGUUGGUGAAGGUACUGGAUGACAGAGACGAGUCAGAGGCUUUUCCGGUGACAAACGGCGUGAAACAAGGCUGUGCUCUUGCCCCGACGCUCUUCAGCAUGGUUUUUUCAGCCAUGCUGACAGACGCCUUCCGUGAUUGCCAGGAUGGGAUGCACGUCAGGUACAGGACUGACUGUGGACUGUUCAACCUCAGGCGCCUGCAGGCUGUUACCAAGGUGAAGGUGACUGUCAUCAGAGACUUCCUGUUCGCUGAUGACUGCUCCCUGAACGCCGGCACAGAGCAGAAGAUGCAGCACGAAAUGGACUGCUUCUCAAGAGCCUGUGACAACUUCGGUCUCACCAUAAGCACCAAAAAGACUGAAGUUAUGUACCAGCCCGCGCCAGGACAGCCCUACCAGGAACCACACAUCCUGGUGAAGGGACAGAAACUCCAGGCUGUCGACAGCUUCACCUAUCUGGGCAGCACACUUUCAAGAGCGGUGAACAUUGGUGCAGAAGUCAUCAACAGGAUUGCCAAGGCCAGCUCCGCCUUUGGAAGACUCCGUGAGAAUUUUUGGGAGCGGAGAGGACUCAGCCUUACCACCAAGCUGAAGGUCUACCGUGAAGUGCAGACAUGCCAGCUCAAUCGCUUUCACGUGAGCUGCCUCCACAGACUCCUGCGCAUCAAGUGGCAGGACAAAAUCCCUGACACGGAAGUCCUGGAACUGGCCAGCAUCCCCAGCAUCCACACCCUCCUACAGAAAGCGCAGGUCAGAUGGGCAGGACAUGUUGUCAGAAUGGCGGACAGUCGACUGCCAAAACAACUACUGUACGGAGAACUUUGCGAAGGCAAGCGCUCAGUUGGGGGACAGAAGAAACGCUUCAAGGACAGUCUCAAAGCGUCCCUCAAGGACAUGAACAUCAACGUCAGCACUUGGGAGCAGCUUGCUACCAACCGCUCAAAUUGGCGAAGCAAAGUCUUCACAGGCGCCUGUGCAGCAGAGAAGCGACGUACGACGGAAGUGCAGCAGAAAAGUGCAGCGCGCAAAGCUCAAGCUGCCUACACUUCCAACGCAGCACCCACCCACACCUGCCCUGUGUGUGGGCGAGCCCUACGGGCCCGGAUCGGCCUCAUCAGUCAUCUCCGGACCCACAGCAACUGA